AUGACAUCAAGAGUGCUAGUAUAUGGUGGCUCAGGCGCUUUAGGCAACGGAGUAGUUUCACUUUUUUCCUCACAAAAUUGGAUCGUAACUUCUGUAGGUACGCGACCUAACAAACAAGCAACGCACAAUAUCGUGGUCUCGUUAGACACUUCCCUUGAACAGCAAGGUGAACAGGUCUUGCGAGAGUCAAACGAAUAUUUAAAAGGAGAAAAAUAUGCUGCAGUUUUGUGUGUUGCUGGUGGUUUCGAAAUGGGUAACGCUGCUCACAAAGAUUUCCUGAAAAAUUCAGAUCUUAUGCUAAAAAAGUCUCUGUGGUCUAGUUUGAUUUCUGCGAGAUUGGCUGCUCAUCAGCUUCAAGAAGGUGGCUUAUUUACGGUAACCGGUACCGCUGGAUUACGCGCAACCCCUGGAUUCAUAGGAUAUGGUGUUGCCAAAGCGGGAGUACACCAGCUUGUGCAUAGUCUAGCUUCUCCAAAAUCCGGGUUACCUGCAAAAACUAAAGUCGUGGGACUUUUACCAAAAAUGAUCGACACACCGAAUGCACGCGAAUCAAGCCCAAAUGCCGAUUUCUCAUCACACACACCUAUUGAAACAUUAGCUCAGCGUCUUUACAAUUGGGCGACUGGAAAAAUUCCGGUUCCUCAUGGAAAAUUGGUUGAGGCAAUAACAACUAAAGGGGAGACUUCAUUUAACGAAGUGUAA